ACCUUGUUUUCACCUUCACCCUGGGCAUUCAUUCUACCGCGAAAAUGGCAGCAUGUUGUUGUUCAAAGUCCAAGCUUGCAGUUAGUCGAAUGCUGCUCUUUCAAAGUCAAAGUCUAAAGCGUUUUCUAAUAAGAUCACCUGCUAUAUUACUAAAAUGUCAGUUGAGCACAGGAGUGCCACCUAAGAGGCCAGGUAACAGUUACAUUCAGUUUAGCAAAGAUACCAGACCAAAUUUGACAGCAGAAAAUCCAGAUAAACCUGUGUCAGAAAUAUCAAAAUUAAUAGCAGAAUUGUGGAGAGAACUUCCAGCAGAAGAGAAAGAUCAAUAUGUAAGGAAAGCAAAGAUGCUAGAAGAAAAAUACCAAAAUGAACUGAAGGAAUUUGAAUCAUCAAUAUCCGAUGUAGAAUUAGAUGAAAUAAAAGAAGAAAAAAAACUAAAGCGCGUAAAAAGAGCUAAAAGGAGGGAAAAGACGUUGUUAAGAAAGUUGGAUAAACCAAAAAAGGCAAGACAAGCAUUUUCAUAUUAUGUCAUGAGCCGAGCAUCAGAGUUUAGCGGAUUUAGCAAGGAUUUAAUGGUAAAGUUAAGUGAAGAUUGGAACUCCAUGACAGAAGAGGAGAAAGCAGUCUUCAAACAAAGAGCAAAGGAGGAUGGAAAGAGGUAUGAGGUAGAGAUGGAAGAAUGGGAAGAUCGAAUGGUGAUGGAGGGCCAUCCAGAACUCCUAAGAAAAGUCUCCAUGCAGAAACUGAUGAAGAGAACUGAGGGUGAUGUGGAUGAAGAGGAGGAAGACUAAUAACACUGAUCAUCUUGAAAACUUUGCUAAGAGUGUGCUACCAUCAAUCAACACAGGGAAGUAGAUGACCUCAUAUGGAAGGGAUUUGCCAUAUUUUUAGCGCAGUAUGGCCUACUACAAAGAAG